AUGUACACCGUACCCUGCGGAAAAAAGCGCUCAUUCGAAUUGAAGAGAUUAAUGGAUCGAAAAUUCAAUUCCGAUGAACAAUGGUACAUUUCGCCGCUUAUCGAAUUAAAAAAUGUAAAAGAAGAUCUAUUAGAUGGUCGGGAGGCUGGAGAAGUCACAAUCGAUAGAGAAGUCGAGGAGAAAGAAGGAAAAAGCGAAAAGGAUUUAGAAAUGGAAAUGUGGCAGACCAGUAUGGCCUGUGUAGAAGGAGUGACAGAGGAAGAAGCUGCUGCAGCGAUUGAAGAAGUUUCAAAUCUCGACAUGUUCCUCGUCCGUCCUGUAGAUGUUUCGACUCGACGACUGGAAGAUAUGAAAGGAGAUGAAACGUUUCUCGAAAAAUCUCCACUUUUUACACACAAAUCGGUGAUAAAACGAGACGAGUUUCUAAAGACGUCGAGACAGAGAAAAUCGCAAUAUGUGACAUCACUGAAAUACGAUAAAUAUUUGAUGAAAGGAGGACCGAAUACUAAUGUAUACAGUCCACAAUGCUCUCUAACCGAAAAAUGCGAAGACGACAUCGUGAUGAUCGUCGACGCGAUGACACCCUACAAUCGAAUUCUUUUCUCCAAUGAGCUCCGAAGCUCACGUCUUCUAAAGCCCCAGAUGAAAUUCCUCGUUCGUGGUGACUCCCUCUUGUCAGAUUUGAGGCAGAGAUUGUCUUGCCAAAGCGACACAAUCGUCCCAUUAGAGAACGGAUCCGAGUUGGAGCCACAGAAUUUCGACAACUCAUCUGCCGAACGGUUUCCAUCCUCUUUCAUCUUUAUACAUGACACAUUUUAUGUCGAUUCGUCUGCAGAGAAUGCAAAGGAUAUUUCAUUCCCAAUCCGCAGAUUUAUGGAACAAAAAGAAAUCUUCGAUCCAGUGGAUGCGAAACACAUGGAAGGCGUCAAAAUCAUCGAUUUGAAACUUCGUCUCGGACAACCGUACAUCUUUCAACACUCGGGAAACUGUGAACAUCUUUUGAUUUUUCACGAUUUGAGACUUCUUCACGAAACAGAUCCACGUGGAAUUGAAAAGUAUCCAUUCGUGUUAUUCGAGAAGGGAAACGAGAGAAAGUGCGAGAUGUGCAGGAAAGGACAUGUUGAGUAA